AUUGAGCGGCGCAGGGACUAAGGCAGCUCAGGGGCCUCCGGGUUGUGAGGCUGCGGCCCGGUUGGGCGAUUUCGAAGCCUCAAGCCUGCGGAGCGCGGCUGGGGAGGUGCGUCCCAGGAACGCCCGAGUCUGGGGAGAGCUGAGGAUUCCAGGGCUGGCAAGCAGAUGGGGCUUCCUUCUGGCGUCCUUUAUCUUCUCAGAUCCGCCUUCUGGAGGCUGCACCGCCCUCAAGGGAGAACCCAGAAAGAGGAUAUGGCUGCUGGGCAGCCGGAAGCGAGGCCCCAGGUGUCACUGACGUUCGAGGAUGUGGCUGUGCUCUUUACCCGCGAUGAGUGGAGGAAGCUGGCUCCUUCUCAGAGAAACUUGUACCGGGAUGUAAUGCUGGAGAACUAUAGGAACCUGGUCUCGCUGGGACUCCCGUUUACCAAACCAAAAGUGAUCUCCCUAUUGCAGCAAGGAGAAGAUCCCUGGAAGGUGGAGAAAGACUGUUUUGGUGGCUCCUUUCUGGGAUGUAAGAGCAAUCCUAAAAUGACAAAGACAACUCAAACUCAGGAUUCAUUUCAGGAGCUGAUGAGGAAAAGACUGAAAAGGGAUGAACCCUGGAACUUCAUAUCAGAAAGACCCUGCAUAUAUGAAGAGAAAUUAAAGAAACAGCAAGACAAAAAUGAAAAUGUACAAAUAAUUUCAAUUACCCAUACAAAAAUCCUCACUGUAGACAGAAGCCAUAAAAAUGUUGAAUUUGGUCAAAACCUCUACAUAAAAUCAGUGUUCAUCAAGCAACAGAGAUUUGCUAGAGAGAAAACUCUGUCAAAAUGUGAAAUACAAAGAAAUAGUUUCAAGCAGAAUUCAAAUUUACUUAACCAAUCAAAAAUCAAGACAGCAGAAAAACGCUAUAAAUGCAGUACAUGUGAAAAAGCCUUCAUUCACAAUUCAUCUCUUCGUAAACAUCAGAAAAACCACACUGGAGAAAAAUUAUUUAAAUGUAAAGAAUGUUUAAAAGCCUUCAGCCAAAGUUCUGCUCUUAUUCAGCAUCAAAGAACUCAUACAGGAGAGAAACCCUACUUAUGUAAAGAAUGUGGGAAAGCCUUCAGCCAUAGUGCAUCCCUUUGUAAGCAUCUAAGAACCCAUACUGUGGAGAAAUGCUAUAGAUGUAAAGAAUGUGGCAAAUCCUUCAGUCGAAGGUCUGGCCUUUUUAUACAUCAAAAAAUCCAUGCUCGAGAAAAUCCCCAUAGAUAUAAUCCAGGUAGGAAGCCAUCCAGUCACAGCACAUCCCUUUCUGGAUGUCAGAAAGUUUAUCUCAGAAAGAAGUCCUACUUAUGUAAUGAAUGUGGCAACACCUUUAAGUCUAGCUCAUCCCUUCGUUAUCAUCAGAGAAUUCACACUGGAGAGAAACCUUUUAAAUGUAGUGAAUGUGGGAGAGCCUUCAGUCAGAGUGCAUCUCUUAUUCAACAUGAAAGAAUUCACACUGGAGAAAAGCCCUAUAGAUGCAAUGAAUGUGGGAAAGGCUUCACUUCUAUUUCACGACUUAAUAGACACCGAAUAAUUCAUACUGGAGAGAAAUUGUAUAAUUGUAAUGAAUGUGGUAAAGCCUUAAGUUCCCACUCAACGCUUAUUAUUCAUGAACGAAUUCAUACUGGAGAGAAACCAUGUAAAUGUAAAGUAUGUGGAAAAGCCUUCAGACAGAGUUCAGCUCUCAUUCAACAUCAGAGAAUGCAUACUGGAGAAAGACCCUAUAAGUGUAACGAAUGUGACAAAACAUUCAGGUGUAACUCAUCCCUUAGUAAUCACCAGAGAAUUCAUACUGGAGAGAAACCAUAUCAAUGUUUAGAAUGUGGGAUGUCUUUUGGCCAAAGUGCAGCUCUUAUACAACAUCAGAGGAUUCAUACAGGAGAAAAACCUUUUAAAUGUAAUACAUGUGGGAAAAGUUUUAGACAAAGCUCAUCACUUAUUGCACAUCAAAGAAUUCACACUGGAGAGAAACCCUAUGAAUGUAAUUCAUGUGGAAAACUCUUUAGCCAGAGGUCAUCCCUCACUAAUCAUUAUAAAAUUCACAUUGAAGAGGACUCCUUAAAAGCUGAUUUGCAUGUGUAAAAGCCUUAAACCAAAACUCAUCAGAGAAUACAUGCUUGAGAAUGAAAUAGAGAAAACUUUUAGUUCUCAUCAGAUAUCAAGUUUUAAGAAUAAACUUUAGCUAUGUAAUACAUAUGGGGAAACCUUUCAUACUUUUCACCUACUUUAAAAAAUAUACCAAGACAAUUCACUGUUGCAGACAUUGAAGUUGGCCAUUUGUAAGAUAAAAAAGGUAUGUUUUAAAAAUCUCUUUAUUAGCAUUAUAUGCUAUCUAUGAUAUGCAAGAAUGAGAAAACUCGGUGCUGAGGUGCUGGAGUUUUCAUUAGAAAAACAACUGUAUAAGCUACUAUUGUAUAAAAAUAAGCAUAUUUAUUACAGCAAACAUUUUAAUAGCAAACAAAAUAAUUGAUCUUAAAAAUAUAUGCAAUUAGGCCAGGCACGGUGGCUCAUGCCCAUCAUCCCAUCACUUUGGGAGGCCGAGGUGGGCAGAUCAUCUGAGGGUAGGAGUUCAAGACCAGCCCGGCCAACAUGGUAAAAACCCCAUCUCCAUUAAAAAUAAAAAAUUAGUUGGGUGUGAUGGCACAUGCCUGUAAUCUUAGCUACUCAGGAGGCUGAGACAGAAUUGCUUGAACCCAGGAGGCAGAGGUUUCAGUGAGCUGUGAUUGCGCCCCUGCACUCCAGCUUGGGCAAGAGAGCAAAACUCUUGUCUCAAAAAAUAAAAAAUUACACACACACACACACACACACACACACACGUGCAUGCAACAUACGCUUACCUGGCAGGGGAGAUACCAUGAUCACAAAGGUGGUUUUCCCAAAGCAAGCUUAUCCAUUGUACUGCAGAUGUGUUGACCCCUGUGAUUUCCCCAAAUGUGGGAAACUCAACUGCAUAAUCUAUGAUAGUGGGGGACUGUGCUCAUGCUUUCCCCUGGGGGAAAAAUAAUAUUGUAAAAUAUUUCUCAGUCACCAUGUGCAACUAUUGCAAAUACUGCAAUAAUUCAUAAACAUUUUUUGAAUAUUGCGCGCGCGCGUGUGUGUGUGUUUGCUGAUUGUUAGAGCAAAGGACCAAAUAAGAGAUAAAAACUAACUGAACUACC